AGGUCAACAAGCAAUUCCGGGUUACAAGUGGUCGACGAAUUUAAAUGUCAUGGCGGUGCUUGUCACUAUUUGUAUGACUUAAAAAUAUAUUUACAUUGAAAAAAAGUUUGGGAUAAUCUUUCUUCCUGACAAUGCUAACAGUCAUUAGAUAAACUUUUUACCUUUACUACUUUCACGAGCGUUUUAAAUAGAUUUUUUGUGUAACUGGUCGGAUUAUGUUCCGCUAUAGGAGCAAUAACGUUGACAAAUUUGGCAUUUGACCAGCUUGUUGCUCACCAUGUGCAGCCACUUUGUAAAAAGCGUCACGCUAAGGUGUGCCUUUAGAUGUUCCUCACUUAUAUGGCAUCAGACAAGAGGACGCUGCGCUCCUGCAACCAACUUGGAUCAGGGCAGGACAUUGUUGCAACUCUUCGUGGACAGACAUUUUAUCUCACCUGGACAUUCUAAUGUAGAACUCUUUAAUCGUGGGGUUAUUUGCAGUUACGGGCCACUGGGCACCGAGCUCAGGGAGAAUGUACUGCACCAAUGGUGGCGUUCGAUAACUGGAUCAAGAGAGCAGGUGUUUGGGAUAAACACGCCAAGCAGCAGGAACGUGAGUGCGGAUGCAGCAGGGGAGCGGUGGGGUCACCCGAGGGUCUUACAACCUGAAGAUUUCCAGGAAAAUUUGAAGGACACGGAGUUGAGUGGAGAGCAGCUUGCCCACAAUGUCCACAUGUUUCUGCAGAGAGCACCUCUGUUCAGAACCAACCUCAUUCAAGGAGCUUUAGAGCAGUUCGUCCCCUUGUUUGAGUUGGUGAACAGGAAGCUCCCAUUUGGUAUAGCUGAGACAGGAAGAUGUUUCCAACACUCAAAGGAUGGCUCUGGCUGCCCAGAUGAAACCACACAGGCCUCGCUUGUCUGGUUCUGCUCUCCUCGAACCUCUUCACAGUGGUUGGACCACUGGGUUCGACAGCGGCUCAGAUGGUGGAGAAAGUUCUCCCUCGCUCCAUCAGACUUCAGUAGCAGUGAUCUCCCUCAAGAAGAACUUGAGGGGCCAGUGUCACGUGGUGUGCAGAUCUUCUACAAGUUCCCGUGGGGUCAGGAACCUUUGGAGUUUGUGAGCAGCCGAGGAGAUGGAGAACUGUUACAGAUGCACAGAGGGGCUCGUUCCAAACUCCAGAGCCGAGACGGGCGCAAGUCAAUUCCUCACGUACUUUCAAUAACUGGGAACAUCGAUCGUGGUUUGUUGGCCUUUCUGUCCAACUCGCUGCAGCUGCACAAGAGAGAAGACGCCAAACAGAAUCUCCAGCAGAGAAAGGUUCUGAAAUUGCAUCCGUUGUUGGCUCCAGUCAAAGUGGCAAUAGGUAUUGGCAGGGGAGCCACCAUGGAGCUGAGGCAGGUUUGUGAAGGCCUGCUGCAGGAGUUAAAGGAGGCCAAAAUCUCCGCUUGGCCCGGAUAUCUUGAAACAUCACCCACCCCAAUGGAGCAGCUCAACUCUAAGUAUGAUGAAAUGGGCGUGCUUUUCACUGUGGUGAUCAGUGAAAACACGCUGGAGAGCGGCCUUGUCCAGUUGCGCAGCCGAGACACCACCAUCAAGGAGACCAUGCAUAUCUCGGAACUCAGCAACUUCCUCUGCAGAUAUAUUUCUGCUGCAGACAACAUGUAAAUGAUCUGUUUGCUGAUUUCAUGUUAUACUUGAAAAAGCCUUCAUUUUCGUGUCAUUGUAGCUUCCAAAACCAUUGCUUACAAUUUGCCAGAGCAGUAUUUUAUAUGGUCAAGAUUCCAAUAAAUACAAUAUCGCAACAGCAAGCAGGUUUUUGAUCUUUUUUAUUUAAAGCCAUUCUGAACAUUCAGUUGAAACCUUGUCUCACAUUUAGCACAUGGGCUUGCAGGACAACAUUGCCAACAAGCGUUUUCGAGUUUACAAAAAGGCGUGUAAUUAACUGAUUUCAAAAUUAUUGUUUUGUUUCACUGUAGAAGCGUUUUCCAUCAAAUUGCAAUAUUAAAUAGAAUCAUAACAUAAAUAUUACACAUGCUUAGAUUAGUGCAUUGGACAGUGUAUUGUAUGGGCAGAUUUGGGUUACAUACAGAUCUCCAUUGUGGGAAUGAAAUCCCCCAUUAACCAGUCCUUCUCAAAUAGUGCCCCCCCCCCCCCCCCCCAGGUGGGCGUAAACCGAUGUGCGCAGUAUUUGUGAACUGAACAACAGCACACAGCAAAAAAGCAAAAGAUAAGCAGCGCUAAAACAAGGAAAUAUGACGAAACUUAUGUACUUUUAAAACAGCGGGAGACAAGGAAAGACCAGUAUGUAUACUGUGUCUUAAAAUGUUGGCAACGGACAGCAUGAAGGCACAUUAAUUAAGAUGUCACUUAAAGAAAUUAGAUAACAAUCACAUUGAUAAGCCGCAUUUUUUUUUUUUUUUUUAAUCAGUGAAAACAUGCCAAAUAUUGCCAAUAAUCGUCCUGCUUUGUGACUGUUGCAUCAGUGAACCAGUGAGCACUGUUAGCAUCAUAUAGGUGGCAUACCAAGUAAAACUCAGUGCAAGAUAACCCCACACCAUAGCAAAGGAUCUGAUAUUGCCUGCAGCACAAAAUAAUACUGUCAUUUUUGUUGGAUGAAUUUUUGUUCGGCAUAUUGUACCCUGAGUUAAUUUUCCAAAUAAAUUUGAAUUUAUUAUUUAUUGUCUUUAUUUUUUUGUAUCAAACGGUCAAAAAAGGUAACUUGAGUGUACGUUUACAGUUUGGAUGUGACUUUUAUUUUAUUUUAUUUU